AUGUACAACGCACAUCGUGGCAUGGUUGGCGGUCCUAACUCUCGUUUAACAGAGUUACUGGACCAGCUACGACAGGAAUAUGAGAACCAAUCGCGGAGUACUGGGGAAUUCGAGCAUCAAUUGACUGGACAGCUCCAGGAGAUGGAAAUGAUCAGGCAAAAGGUUUACCAGUUGGAACAAGCGCAGAUAAAAAUGAAACAAGAAUAUGAGGCUGAAAUACGCACCUUGCGAAGAGAACUUGAAUCUCGCGGCGUCCAUCUUCCUCAAUCCCAUAUUGGGGGCCUACCAACACAUGCCGGGCCUUCCCAAGCGCCCCCUCCAGCUCUUGGCCAUGGCCCUGCGAACCUAUUCGGUGGCAUCAUGGCCAACCCGGGAGGCGGAGCUCCUGCGCUUGCGCCACCUCCUCCGCCAGACCAACAGCCACCCCAGCACGCGCUUCAACAACCCGGGUCCGGUGCCCAAGUGGCCCCUCAACCACAGCAAGGAUAUGGUCCUCCACCUCCCACGACUUCUCCAGGCGCUGGAAAAGGCAGAGCCAAUCGCGCACCCGGCCCCGCAACCCCUCAGCAGAAUCACCAGGUUGCUUACCCUGAUCCACGCGCAUCACCUCAGAUCCACCGUCCCACACCCCCUGGCCAGCAAUUGAGUUAUCGCGUUGGAAAUACAUUGGCGGAUUUAGACCCUGACAAGCUUCCCCCGAGCCAAAAGCGAGAAGGUUCCGACUGGUACGCCGUUUUCAACCCUGAAGUGCCUCGCGUCCUGGAUGUCGACCUUGUCCAUCACCUCGUUCACGAUAGCGUUGUUUGCUGUGUAAGAUUUAGCAAUGACGGCAAAUAUGUUGCUACUGGUUGCAACCGCUCUGCGCAGAUAUUUGAUGUUGCGACUGGACAGCUGGUAACUGCUUUGCAGGAUGAUAGUGUGCUUGAUAAAGAAGGAGACCUCUAUAUUCGCAGCGUCUGCUUCAGUCCUGAUGGCAGAUAUCUGGCUACCGGCGCAGAGGACAAACAAAUCAGAGUAUGGGAUAUUGCUACCCGAACCAUCAAACACAUCUUCUCCGGUCACGAACAAGACAUCUACUCCCUCGACUUCGCCCGCAAUGGACGCUACAUCGCGUCCGGCUCGGGUGACAAAACCGUUCGCCUCUGGGAUAUCGUCGAUGGCAAACAAGAGCUCAUUCUCAGCAUUGAAGACGGUGUUACCACUGUCGCAAUCUCACCUGACGGGCGCUUCGUUGCUGCCGGGUCUCUGGAUAAGAGCGUUCGGGUCUGGGAUACGACGACUGGAUACCUUGUCGAACGCUUAGAAAACCCAGAUGGCCACAUGGAUAGCGUUUACUCCGUUGCCUUUGCGCCCAAUGGCAGAGAUCUAGUCUCCGGUAGUUUGGAUAAGACUAUUAAGAUGUGGGAGUUGACGCCACCGAGGGGUAUGGUACCCGGUGCGGGACCCAAGGGCGGAAAGUGUGUUCGAACGUUUGAGGGUCAUAAGGACUUCGUUCUUAGUGUAUGCUUGACACCGGAUGGACGCUGGGUAAUGAGCGGUUCCAAGGAUCGUGGGGUGCAGUUCUGGGACCCAGCGACUGGGAAUGCGCACAUGAUGCUACAGGGCCACAAGAAUUCGGUUAUCUCUGUCGCACCCAGCCCAACUGGUAACCUAUUCGCUACUGGAAGUGGAGACAUGCGUGCUAGAAUCUGGAGGUUAAUAUACUAA